CUGAGGAGGAAGCGAUGAGCCGCACUGACACAUUUCUCAACUUACGUGCUGAAUUAGUCAUGUGAUUAGCGUAUCCGUGUAUUGGCUUUGCUGUGUGCACGCGAAUCGUUUUUAAAAACGUUAAUCUGAUGAUCCGCUGAUACGGUCUAAUGUAAACCCCACCCUAGUCUUCUAUGUAAAUCUAUGUUAUGCACUGCGUAGGCUGCCGUAAAGUGCCGGUAGCUGUUGUAAACAUUAACCAGGAUGGGCGGGGCUGCAAAACAAACAGGAAAGUGAUUGGCUGAUAGCUCAACGUGGUUGCAAUGUUUUUCCUACAAGCCCCGCCCACCUUCUUUCUGUUCUUUCUGAAGUGUUCUGACGAACCGGCACCGGCUUCAUGUCCUGAUGGAGCACCGGCGUGUUGCAGAGUAAUGCACUGUCCAGGCAAGAACAAGAAGGCUUUGGGACACCAGAGCCUUCGUCGUUUUCAUGUGCCUGGCAGCUCCAUCUCCUUCCAACAUGCUCUGCAUCUCUUCUCAGGAUGUGCCCAUACCAUCUCAGUCUCAUCUCUCUUAGCUUCAUUCCCAAGCUCUCCACAUGUGCUGUCCCUCUGAUGUGCUCGUUCCUUAUCCUGUCCAACCUCCCAUCGCAAACCUUAACAUCCUCAACUCCGCCACCUCCGACUUUGCCUCCUGCCUCUUCGUUAAGGUAGCCACCCUUCCAUCGUGGUCAUCUAGAUACCAGCAUGGCCAUAGGAACCCAGCUCUUACUCCUGCUGUGGAAGAACUUCACCUACCGGCGGAGGAACAAGAUCCAGCUGAUCAUAGAGCUGUUUUGGCCUCUCUUCCUGUUCCUUAUCCUCAUUGCUGUACGUCACUCUCACCCUCCCUACAAGCACGGCCAGUGUCACUUCCCCAACAAAGCUCUCCCAUCGGCUGGCACUCUAGAGUGGGUUCAGGGCAUCAUCUGCAACAUCAACAAUCCAUGCUUCCAUUACCCAACUCCAGGGGAGAUGCCGGGUGAAGUGGGAAAUUUUAAUAACUCACUACUUUCUCGACUGUUUGUGGAUGGAAGGACCAUUCUCACCAAGCUUGGCAAUCAGACAAUCCUCUCAACCUUAGAGAAGCUCUCGCGUGCUGUUCAAAGACUGAGCGAGAGGCAGGAAGCUUGGCCAAAUCUACCAGUAGGAGAGUACCUAAGAGCCAAUGAGACUUUCUCGACCUUUUUGCGGACCAACUGCAGCCUUCCUCCUUCAGCUGUAGACCAGUUACUGAGGGCACAACUCAGCCUCCAGGUGGUGUCGCUGGCAGGUGCUGGGAUGCGUCUGUCCGAUAUCGUCUGUAAUGCUACACUCCUGGACCGCUACCUCACAGUGGAAGGAAACUCCUCCUUCACUGAGCUGCAGCAGUACCUGUGUGCUGUUCCCUCGGACUUGCUGCAGCAGGCCGAACAAAUCUUCCUUUCACAACUGAAUCUAAGCAAGAUUUUCACAAGGGAGCGACUCCGCUCCAAUGCUGCUGAAGUGCGUCUGCUCAUCCCGGCUGUCUCCUCUGUGGCUCGGGAGCUCUCUUCACUUUUGAACGAUAUAUCUGCUUUAUCCAGUUUCACGGAGCUGAAUGAAGAGAUGAAUCUGUUUAUGCCAGAGAAUGGCUCAGUGCUACCGCGUGAGAGUUUCCGAGCUUUCUCCAGGAUUGUGUGCGGGCACCCUGAAGUGGGCGGUGAGAAGAUUCCAUCCUUUAACUGGUAUGAAGACCAUGACAUCAAGUCCUUCUUGGGUAAAGAUGGGACAGAGGAAAAUGACUUGGAAAAUGACAACACUACCACUCCAUUCUGUCGAAACCUGAUCCAAACCCUUGAGUCGAAUCCCCUCUCUCGCAUUGUAUGGAGAAGCAUUAAGACACUUUUCAGUGGGAAACUUCUGUACACACCGGAUACUCCCGCUACACAGAGCAUCAUGAAAGAGGUGAACAGGACGUUCCAGGACUUUGAGAUUGUGGCGGAGGUACACGCUGCUUGGGAGGAAGUGGGACCCAGGCUGAAGAGCUUCAUGGAAAGCAGUGUGGAGAUCCGUAUGCUACAGGAUUUGCUGAGGCGACCCGAGGUGGCUGUUUUGGUGAAUCUACAACUGGAGAACACUUCUUGGACAGCUUCUCGCAUCGCCAACUUCCUCUCCACGCCUAAUCCAGACACUUCUGAGAAAGAAGGAGCACCUGUUACAUGGCUGGACCUGUAUCAAGAUUUCAACAGCACCAUAAGCCUCUUGUCCCAACUCACAAAGUGUUUUUCACUGAAUAAGCUGGAGGGAAUGGCCACAGAAGGGCAGCUGGUGGAGCGGGCGUUGGAGCUGCUGGAGGAUCGACAGUUCUGGGCUGGAAUCGUCUUCCUCCUCCCAGACCCUUCCUCUUCAGAUCUUCCUCCUCACAUCAAGUACAAGAUCCGUAUGGACAUAGAUGAUGUCAAACGCACCGAUAAGAUCAAAGACAAGUUCUGGGAUCCUGGUCCAGCUGCAGAGCCCUUCAGUGAUCUGCGCUACAUCUGGGGUGGCUUUGUGUACGUGCAGGAUUUAGUAGAGCAAGGAAUAACACGUGUGCUGAGUGGCAAACAGUCAACUACAGGAAUAUAUAUCCAGCAGAUGCCCUACCCAUGCUUUGUGGAUGAUGUCUUUCUGCGAGUCUUGAAUCGUUCGCUUCCUCUCUUCAUGACGCUGGCGUGGAUCUACUCAGUAGCAAUGAUCAUUAAAGGCGUGGUGUAUGAAAAAGAGGCACGACUGAAGGAGACUAUGAAGAUCAUGGGCUUGGGCUCGGGAACACUCUGGCUCAGUUGGUUCAUCAGCAGUUACCUGCCUUUUCUCUUCAGCUCCGGCCUUCUCAUUACUGCACUCAAGUUGGGAGAUAUCUUGCCCUAUAGUGACCCUGCGGUGAUCAUCUUCUUCUUGGCCGCCUUUGCUACAGCCACAAUCAUGUUGUGCUUCCUCAUCAGCACGUUCUUCUCUCGGGCCAAUCUGGCAGCAGCCUGUGGAGGCCUCAUCUACUUCUCUCUCUACCUGCCCUACGUGCUUUGUGUGGCUUGGAGGGAAUAUCUGACCAGCACACACAGAAUACUAGCAAGCUUCCUCUCUCCAGUAGCCUUUGGAUUUGGCUGUGAGUACUUCUCUCAAUAUGAAGAGCAAGGAGUGGGUAUUCAGUGGUUCAAUCUUCUGUCCAGUCCUACUGAAGGAGACGAAUACAACUUCACUACCUCAAUCAUAAUGUUGUAUGUGGAUGCCUUCAUCUAUGGAGUGGCCACUUGGUACAUUGAAGCUGUGUUCCCAGGGCAGUAUGGUAUUCCCAGGCCUUGGUAUUUUAUCUUCCAGUUAAAUUACUGGGGAGGGGUACCACUGGAGGCUGACAUGCCCGUUCCUCCAGCACCGUGUGAUCAACCAGACAAUCAAAUCGAACCAGAACCUUCUCAUCUCGUCCUUGGAGUUGCCAUACAUGACUUGGUGAAAAUUUAUAAAAAAGGGGCCAAACUUGCUGUCAAUCAUCUGAGCCUCAAGUUCUAUGAGGGUCAUAUCACGUCAUUCCUGGGUCAUAAUGGAGCUGGCAAGACAACAACAAUGUCCAUUCUGACUGGGCUGUUCCCCCCAACUGCUGGCACGGUUUAUAUAAAGGGCAGAGAUAUUCGCACAGAUAUGGACAUCAUCCGUCGAACUCUGGGAGUGUGCCCCCAACACAAUGUUCUUUUCCCAAUGCUCACUGUCGAAGAGCAUGUAUGGUUCUAUGGCCGUCUUAAAGGCAUGAGCAGUGCUGAGGUUAAAGAGGAGAUGGCUUCCUUGCUGGAAGAUGUAGGACUGUUACACAAAUGGCACGAUCAAACCAGGAACCUCUCAGGAGGCAUGCAGAGGAAGCUCUCGGUCGCUAUAGCCUUUAUAGGAGGUUCUAAAGUUGUUGUCUUGGAUGAGCCUACUGCUGGAGUGGACCCCUAUUCACGACGUGGUAUCUGGGACCUACUGCUCAAAUACCGCAAAGACCGCACUAUCAUUUUGUCCACACAUUACAUGGAUGAGGCGGAUCUCCUUGGCGACCGCAUCGCCAUUAUCUCUCAGGGGAAGUUGUGCUGCUGCGGCUCGCCACUUUUCCUAAAAGCUCGUCUGGGCACAGGAUAUUACCUCACCAUAGUGAAGAAGGAGCUCCAGACUCUCACACCAAGCAAUACAAGUGCUGCCGAUCUCUCAGCAUCUACAAUCAUGAAGGAGAGUGAUUCUUCCAUGAGUGAUGACACUGGACUUGGAAAUGAGAUCUGUGGCUCAGACGUGAAUGGCCUUGUGGCUCUUGCCCAGCACCACAUUGCCAGAGCUCAGCUAGUGGAAGACAUGGGCAGAGAGGCAGUAAUCAACUUCCCCCAUGCUGCCUCGGAGGACGGCACUCUCGCCCUUUUCUUGGCAGAGCUGGAGAAACGUCAGAGCGAGUUUGGCAUCGUCAGUUAUGGACUCUCAGAUACCACACUGGAGGAGAUCUUUCUGAAGGUAGCAGAAGAGACCGGAGUAGAUGCUGACCCAGAAGGAGGUGAGGGUGAAGCACCCGAGGACCGAGACGCAGAUGCUAAUGAAACCGACCCGCUAAAGAGUAAUGUUCAGGGUGGCAUGAUCCUCACGGGCUGGGGGCUGACCUGGCAGCAGCUCCGCGCGCUCUUUACCAAGAGGCUAAAGUACGCUCUCCGCAGCCGCCGAGGCUUCAUAGCCCAGAUUGUGCUACCUGCAGUGUUUGUCCUGGUGGCUCUGCUCUUCAGCCUGAUCGUCCCACCCUUUGGAAAGUAUCCCUCUCUUGAGCUGCAGCCGUGGAUGUAUGGCGAACAGUACACUUUCUUUAGCAACGAUGCCCCAGAGGACCCUGAAAUCCAGAAUCUCCUUGAUGCUCUUCUGGAGCCGCCUGGAUUUGGGACCAAAUGCAUGGAGUCAGACACCGAGCCCCAGUGUGAGGGAAGUGAGGCGGGGACAGUUUUUCUGCGACCCCAGAUUUCCUACACCGCAUGGCAGCUUUUUCACAAAGACAACUGGACAGUUGAGCGCCCUUCUCCUGUGUGUGAAUGCAGCACGGAGGAGGUUCGCAGAAUGCUACCUGAAUGCCCAUCGGGAGCAGGAGGUUUGCCUCCUCCCCAGAUUAAAAGAUUGACAGGUGACCUGCUGCAGAAUCUGACCGGCCGUAACAUUUCUGACUACCUCAUCAAGACUUAUCCACAGAUUCUGAAAAAAAGUAUGAAGACUAAAAAGUGGGUGAAUGAGUUCAGGUAUGGAGGAUUCUCUCUCGGCAGUAAAAGCUCACAGGGUCAGACAGACAUCCAUCAGCUAGAGCAGUCAGUAAUGGCGAUCAGAACACGCUACAGAAUAGCACAGAACAGCUCACUGGAUCAACUUCUGGAUAGAUUACCAGGCCUUCUUACUGGGCUUAGGAGUAAAAACAAUGCUAAGGUGUGGUUUAAUAAUAAAGGUUGGCAUGCCAUGGUAUCAUUUGUGAACAUCAUGAACAAUGGACUGCUCCGUGCCAGUCUUCCUCCAGGACCAGACAGACGGAAACAUGGAAUAACAGCCUAUAAUCAUCCACUUAACCUCACCAAGGAGCAGCUCACUGAGUUGGCUUUAAUGACCACCUCAGUGGAUGUCCUGGUGUCUAUAUGUGUGAUUUUUGCCAUGUCCUUUGUACCAGCAAGUUUUGUACUGUUUCUGAUCGAGGAGAGGGUCAGCAAGUCUAAGCACCUCCAGUUUGUUAGUGGGGUCAAACCCGUUCUAUACUGGACUGCAAACUUUGUUUGGGACAUGUUGAACUACACGGUUCCCGCUACCUUGGUGGUCCUCAUCUUCAUAAGCUUCCAACAGCAGUCUUACGUCUCUGAAAAAAACCUUCCUGCGCUCGUGCUGCUUCUCUUACUCUAUGGUUGGUCCAUCACUCCCCUGAUGUACCCGGCCUCGUUCGUGUUCUCUGUACCCAGCACAGCCUAUGUGGUGCUCACCUCCAUCAACCUUUUCAUCGGCAUCAAUGGCAGCAUAGCCACCUUCGUCCUCGAGCUCUUUGUUGAUGAACAUUUAAAUGAGGUCAACAGAAUCCUCAAGAAGGUCUUUUUGAUCUUUCCUCACUUCUGUCUGGGUAGAGGUCUUAUUGACAUGGCUAAAAACCAGGCAAUGGCAGAUGCUUUCCAGAGGCUUGGAAACAAGCAGACGCUGGAGCCACUGGCAUGGGAUUUUGUAGGGAAAAACUUGUUUGCUAUGGCAGUCGAGGGCGUCGUCUUCUUCAUUUUCACUGUACUGCUUCAGUACAAGUUCUUCAUACACUUCAAGCUGUGGUCUAAGCCUGUCCUGCCACCACUAGGCCCAGAGGAUGAGGAUGUCGCAAAUGAAAGAGAACGUGUGAGAAGCAACAGAACUCAGGAGGAUAUUCUCACUAUCAGAGACCUGAGCAAGGUCUAUAAGGCAGGCAAGAGGCCAGCAGUGAACCAGCUUUGUCUUAGCAUUCCCCGGGGAGAGUGUUUUGGGCUUCUUGGGGUUAAUGGGGCAGGAAAGACUUCCACUUUUCGCAUGCUGACAGGAGACACCACCGUUACCUAUGGAGAUGCUUUUCUUAACAAUUACAGUGUGCUGAAUGACAUGGACAGAGUACAUCAGCUUAUGGGCUACUGUCCUCAAUUUGAUGCCAUUAAUGACCUUUUGACUGGAAGAGAGCACCUAGAGUUCUACGCUCGAUUGAGAGGAGUCCCGGAGCCAUAUGUAGCAAAGGUCUCACAGUGGGGAGUGAAAAAACUGGGAUUGACGCAGUACGCCGAGCAAGAAGCAGGAGGAUACAGUGGAGGCAAUAAACGCAAACUCUCGACUGCCAUUUCUCUUAUCGGAGCUCCACCAGUCGUUUUUCUGGAUGAGCCCACAACAGGAAUGGAUCCAAAGGCUAAGCGCUUCUUGUGGAACUGUAUCCUUAGCAUCAUCAAAGAAGGCCGGGCUGUCGUUCUCACAUCCCACAGCAUGGAGGAGUGUGAAGCUCUCUGCACUCGCAUGGCCAUCAUGGUCAAUGGGCGGUUCCAGUGCCUGGGUUCAGUACAGCACCUCAAGAACAGAUUUGGUGAUGGUUAUACAAUUAUCCUCCGCUUGUCUGAACCAUCUCGGGAUCCCUGCCCCGUGGAUGCCUACAUCCAGAGCUGCUUUUCUGGAAUUGAGCUGAAGGAGAGACACCAUAAUGUUCUGCAGUAUCAGCUGCCAACUCAUGCCUGCUCCCUCGCUCAUGUGUUCGACGUUCUGGCCAACCACAGUAAAGAGCUGGGAAUAGCGAACCAUUCCGUUUCUCAGACAACACUCGACCAGGUUUUUGUCAACUUUGCGAAAGAGCAGAUGGAUGACGACGACCAGCUAAGAGAGGUGGCUAUAAACAAUGGGUCAGAUCCAGCUCAGUCCAGUCAAACUAUCUGUCCACUGCUACCAACUUCUAAUGAACAUAAAAGAUCAGUGUCUCAAGUUAUUGCUGCUCAGUCACCCCAUCCGUUAUCAUCAUCCAAAUCCAGUCAGCCAGGAGCUGCUAGGUCAAAGACUAAAGAGAGCAAAUGUAGCAAAACAAAGCAACCUCGGCAAAUAGAAAUGCAGCCUCUAGUGGAUUUCUCAGCUAACGGAUUAAAGUCCUCUUCAGAGGAAGAGAAAUCUCAGAGCAAAGACCUUAACAAGCUUUUUAUAGUCCAGACAUGAACAACUUCUCUCUCUCAGAUCUUGAAGUUUUGCUUGAUUUUAAAAUUUAGUUUAAUCUGUAGUCGCCUCAAACGACUCUUGAAGAUAUUAAGUACUCUCAGGACCACUUUGUUAUAUUGUUUGAAAACUGCUCUGUGAUAUUGAUUGUCCUGUAUGACCAUGUACUGUAUAUAUGUGCAAGUCAGUUAGUUGACAAAUCUUAUUUAUUGAAGAUUAUUGUAUGAUUUUAGGAUUAUUUUUUCAUAAUUACAGUGCUCACCGUAAACGAGUACACGACAAUAUCU